AUGGCUUCGACUCCGGUAUUUUACGAUGCUCCGGCACCCAAUCCAUAUGUCGUUCGAUUGUUCAUUUUAGAACGAGGAGGGCUCGAUGUCGAAGUUCAGCCAGUUGACAUCAUGUCACUCGAAAACCGAAGACUGGCAUACCGCACCAAUGUCAACUCCCGGGGCGAAUUGCCCGCCCUCCGCAUUAACGAUCAAUUUGUUCUGACCGAGAUUACCGCAAUCUGCGAGUACCUUGAUGAGAUAGCAAAAGGCGGCAAGUCCCUUUAUGGCGAGACUGCCCUGGAGCGAGCCGAGACCCGCAUGUGGCUUCGAAGAAUGGACCUAGAGAUCGCCCAACCUGUGAUUGAGUGGUUCCGCAACGACCCCGCCACCAUCGACUUCUACAAGGGAAAUCGUCUUCCUGCCCCCGAGGCUCGAGUCGCUCAGAAAGUGACCAUCAACCAAUUCUUGAACCGACUUGACGACGAGCUCGAGGGAAAGAGCUAUCUUUGUGGAGAACGAUUUUCUGCCGCGGACAUCCACUUCUACGGGUUGAUGAAGAUGAUGGCUGAGCGGACAGUUAAAUGGAUGCUUUCCCCCGGGCGCUUGAACGUGGACGCCUACUGGAAAAGAAUGGGAGAGCGAGAAAAGACCAAAGCGGCUGUUCCAGCUUUCCCUGUGGGAUUGCUAUCAACUUGA